GCCGCCAGCCGCUCGCCCGCGGAGCCCGCAGCCGCUCCCGCCCGCCCCCCGAGCCCCCCGAGCCCCCCGAAAUGCCGGUCGACUUCACCGGGUACUGGAAGAUGCUGGCCAACGAGAACUUCGAGGAGUACCUGCGCGCGCUCGAUGUCAAUGUGGCCUUGCGCAAAAUUGCCAACUUGCUGAAGCCGGACAAAGAGAUCGUACAGGACGGCGACCAUAUGAUCAUCCGCACGCUGAGCACUUUCAGGAACUAUAUCAUGGACUUCCAGGUUGGGAAGGAGUUUGAGGAGGACCUGACGGGCAUAGAUGACCGCAAGUGCAUGACCACCGUGAGCUGGGACGGGGACAAGCUCGAGUGUGUGCAGAAGGGUGAAAAGGAGGGACGUGGCUGGACCCAGUGGAUUGAGGGUGACGAGCUGCACCUGGAGAUGAGAGUGCAAGGUGUGGUCUGCAAGCAAGUAUUCAAGAAGGUACAGUGAAGCCUGAGCACCCCUGGAUCUCGAGGAAUGAGCAGCAUGGACGCAUAGGCCAGGAUCCCCUUCUUUGUGCAGCAUGGGGCCAAAAUGUCCAGCCAUCCCCCCCAGCAUCUGUUAGCAGAGGCUCUCCCUUGGCUUUGUCUCUUUUCUUUUCCUUAAAACAAAGCCAUCCCAAUAAAAGUGAUUUCUCCUCAAGA